GCUGCUUCAGUGGAGGCGGAGACUGAUGGGAGGGAUAAUAUGACUAACGGCCACAAAACGGCUCCACUCGCUGCCUUGUUGUGUCCUGCUGCAACUCACUGACUGACUGACUGAGCUUUCAUCUGAAACCAUUUGCUCGACAGGCCGUUUUAGGGUGACCGGGAACUGACAUUUGCUUUCUGCUCAAAGUAGGUGCCAAAAGCAGUUCAGACCCCAUAUCUGCCAAGAAUCUAUUCCAAAUGACGUCUGCACAGGCAUCCAAAGACCACCCAGAGGGGCAGAAACCCCCUUUGCUAAUGGAUGACCACACUGUGGCUACUGUUCGAGAAUCUAAGAUAUUGAUUCUUCUGAGGGGUCUGCCGGGAAGUGGAAAGACAGAGCUGGCCAAGGAAGUUGAACAGAAAUACAAGGAUAGCGCUCGACUUUUUUCUGCUGACCAGUAUAACAUCAGACCCGCCGUAAGGAGUUCCACUGGGGGGGAGUAUGCCAAACUGGAUGAAGAUCUGAACUCUUGUUGUGAAAGGCAUGAAGCCAGUAUCAUCAUUGUUGAUGACACACACCAUGAUCGUGAACGCUUGGAAGAAUUGUUUGAUCUUGCUAACAAAUUCCAAUUCACAGUUAUAGUGCUGGAACCUAAGACCCCUUGGAGGCUGGACUGUUCUCAGCUGAAGGAUAAGAACCACUGGAAGCUCUCCCUGGAGGAGCUAAAGAAUCUGAGACCUACCCUGGAAAAAGAUAUGCUGCCUCUGUAUUUUGGCUGGUUCCUAGCGAAGCGUGACGAGGACAACCUCCGAAAAACAGCUCAUGAGUUCCUGGAACAGUUGGGAAACCUUAAAGCAUUUAAGAAACAUCUACAAGCAUUUAGCUGUGAAGACAAGCACAAGAUGGACUUGCUGAAGUAUUUUGCCAAAACUCCCAACAUUUUGCACUGUACAACCAAGUUCUGCGACUACGGAAAGGCUCCCGGAUCAGAGGAAUAUGCACAGCUGGAGGCCGUAAGAAAGGGAUAUUCCAAAGCCUUCACUCUCCAUAUCUCGGCAUUGUUUGUCACUCCCAGGACUGCGGGAGCCCAGGUGGAACUGACUCAGGAACAGCUUCAUGUUUGGCCUUCGGAUGCAGAGAAGGAAGCGAUGCCCAAGGAUGUUCUUCCCCGGGGAAGCCGGGCUCAUAUUACUCUGGGCUGCGCGUCUGAUGUACAAGAUGUUCAAGCGGGUAUUGAUUUACUGGAGUUUGUUAAGUUGCAGCAGGCUGGGAGAGAGGGGGAGAAUAUGGGAGAGCUGUUAGGGGGCAAAAUAUCCUAUUAUGAUAGUGGCAUGUGGAUGCUGGUAUUGCCCAGGAAGAAGGAGGUCAAAACCAUUUUCUCAGGUUAUUACGGGAAAUCAGGGGUUACUGCCCCUCACCUGGGAGGCAAAAAGGGCCUGCUAUCCCAGUGCCAAAUUGUAUAACAAGAGAACAAAACAAAGGAGACCGAAGCACUUAGAUAUUUCAAGUUCAUAUUUAAGAUCCAAUGCCCAAAUCGAUAAAAAUAUCUAUUGUUGUAAAUUUCCCUGUUCUAUUUCUGUUGCACUUAUAAUUUAUGGCACUUUCUGCAGAGCCAGACACACCCCAAUUUGUAUCCAAUUAGUCAGACAGAUUCGAUACUGACUUCAUUUUCAUAUAAAAUUGUGCCUCUUUUGCCUUUAAGCCAAACAUUUUAUGUGUCUCAAGUAAGCACCAAAUCCAGGAUUCAGUUUGGGAUUCGGCCUUUUUCAGCAGGAUUCGGAUUUGGCUGAAUCCUUGUGCCUGGCCAACU